AUGGCCGAAUCAAUUCCCAAGACGCAAACUGCAGGUUGGAUCCAAGAUCCCGGCCCUGAUUGCGUCCUCCAAAUCCGAAACGAUGUCCAAGUCCAGACCCCUUCCACUGGCGAAGUCCUCGUAAAGCUCGAAUACAGCGGGAUAUGUCACAGCGACUGCCACAACCUGGUCUCCCCUGGCAAAUACACCGAGGUGCCUGGCCAUGAAGGCGUCGGCAGUGUCGUAUCGCUUGGCCAGGGUGUGUCAGAAGACUUGCUGGGAAAGAGGGUGGGCAUAAAGUGGCUUUGGAACGCGUGCAAAGAGUGCAGUAGCUGUAAACAGGGCAAGGAGAACCACUGUGCCAAGCAGAAGAACACUGGACGGAGUGUUUGGGGUACAUUGCAGCAGUAUGUGGUUGCGGAUGCCGAAUUCGUGACCAAGAUACCAGAGGGAGUCAAGAGCGAGAUUGCGGCGCCACUACUCUGUGCAGGCCUGAGUCUUGCGGGCGCCGUGUCCAAACUCACUCCAGAGGUCAAUCCAGGCGACUUUGUGGCUAUCAUUGGUGCUGGAGGUGGUCUUGGACAUAUCGGUGUGCAGAUUGCUACCAUCAAGGGAUACAAAGUCAUCGCGAUUGACAGCGGCGCCGAAAAGGAGAAGCUGACCAAGGAAAUGGGUGCCGUCGCUUUUGUCGACUACGCCAAACAGGAUGUGUUACAGGCAGUCAGGGACCUCACAGAUGGUGAAGGUGCGCAUGGCGUCAUCUGCGUCGCUGGAAGCGAAAGAGCCUAUCAGCAAGCUCCAGCGUUGGCGAGGAAUAGUGGCGUCUUCGUUUGUGUUGGACUUCCGCCGGACACGUUCAUGUUUCCCAUGUCUCCGAUUCACAUCGCUAACAGAGGGUUGGUCAUUAGAGGAUCGUCAACAGGCAGCGCUAAGCAGAUGGACGAGCUUCUACAAAUGGCUUUGGAAGGCAAGAUCACACCAAAAGUCGAAGUAUACGACUUUGCCGACUCUCCAAAGAUUUUGCAGGAAUUGCAACGUUACGAGGUUACUGGUAGGAAGGUAGUACGGGCACCAUAA